GGAUCUAAUUCCUCAGAAAUAGUUAUAAACCAAGACAGGACAUUUAAGCCAAAUCACGUUUUUCUUUACAGGACAUCAAAUAAUGUGAACAGGUUUGCUUGAGGUUUAGGUUUAAAGGAUUAUCAUUAACCUGAAAGUCUGGCCUCACUAAUGUAGUGAAACAGUGCGUGUGUGGUUUCAUCAUAGUUCUCUUUCCUGGUCUUGAGGGCGUUUAGCUUUUGGCAGAUAUAUACUGUAGCACGUACAUCUCAUGUCAGCAAGUCUGUCAGCAAGACAGAGAAAGAGAGAAAGGAAAUAGCAUUUAAAGAAGACGAAUUCCUUUCUUGUUCAGACUUCUAGACAGGUUCAGCUAAACGCCAUGUUUAUCUUCUUGUCUUAUGUCCCACAUAGCUACAUGAAUGGCGGAUAGCAGCUUUGAGACUGAAUUCCUGCAUACGCAUAAUUCGUACCGCAAGCAGCAUGGCGCCCCACCCCUAACCAUAAACAGAAACCUGUGUCGUUCCGCCCAGGCAUGGGCGCAGCACCUGCUGUCAAUAAGGACUCUCAAGCAUAGCAAAGAGGAAUAUGGGGAAAAUCUGUAUUAUGCUUGGAGUUCAGCGAACACAAAGCUCACAGGACCUGAAGCAGUGGAAAGCUGGUAUAAAGAAAUUAAAGACUACAAUUUUAGCAGGCCGGGGUUCAGCUCGCAAACAGGUCACUUUACCCAGGUAGUGUGGAAGGACACAAAGGAGCUGGGGAUUGGCCUGGCCACUGAUGGAAACACAACUUUUGUAGUGGGUCAGUACCUUCCUGCAGGAAAUAUCAGCAAUGCUGGAUAUUUUCAGAAGAAUGUUUUACCAGCCGGCUCUCCUCUGGAUUCUAAGUCCACUAGUACUGGCAACAAAGUGGGACAAACACAUGGUGCAUCGAACAUGCAUUCGGACAGAACACCAGUGCAUCCUCGCAGUACUGCAACAUCACCACCAGGGGGCAAAGCAGUGCCUCGUGUUGGUAGCGGUUGUCCAGACAGAAGCUUUGAAAUUGAGUUCCUACAGACCCACAACUCAUACCGCAAAAUACACGGAGCACCACCCCUCACCAUAAACAGAAACCUGUGUGGCUCUUCGCAGAAAUGGGCGGAGCAUCUGCUGUCAAUCAGGACUCUCAUGCACAGCAAUGGGGACCAUGGAGAAAAUGUGUACUAUGCAUGGAGCUCAGCUACCAAAAAACUUACAGGACGUGAGGCAGUGGAAAGCUGGUACAGUGAAAUUAAAGACUACAACUUCAGUAGGCCUGGAUUCAGUUCCAAAACUGGUCACUUCACACAGGUGGUGUGGAAGGAUACGAAGGAGUUGGGAGUUGGAUUGGCCACUGAUGGCAACACUACAUUUGUAGUGGGUCAGUACCUCCCAGCAGGAAACAUCAGCAAUGCUGGUUAUUUUGAAAAAAACGUCCUACCAGGAGGCUCCCCAGUAGACGUCAAAUCCAGCUCACCUGCUGACAGAGUUGGACAAGCACUUUCUGCUCUCAGCAUCAGAUCAAAUCAGUUACCUUCAGCACAUCCUACUUCUAAAUCACCAGAACAUAAGGGCCUGCCACCUCCACAGAGCAAUGGGAAAAAAGGUCAGGACUUGUCACAGUUUCGUCAGUCCCUCCUCGACGCUCAAAACUAUUACAGACAGCAACACGGGUCACACCCUCUCUCACUGUGCCCGGUCCUCUCGAAAGAGGCUCAGGACUGGGCAGCACAUCUAGUUAGCAUAAACACCCUGAAAAACAGUGGCAAAGGCCACGGAGAAGCUUUGUCAUACAAAUGGACCUCCAGCAUGGUGCCACCAACAGGAAAUGAGACUGCCGAAUCAUGGUACAAAGAAAAGGCAAAAUACAAUUUUGCAAACCCUGGCUUUCAGAGUGGAGCAGGUAACUUCACCCAAAUGAUAUGGAGGUCUACAGAGAAAGUUGGGGUUGGUCUGGCAUCAGAUGGAAAGGGUAUGUUCAUCACUGUGGCCUUUUACAAACCUCCAGGCAACAUCGCCAACCCCGGCUACUUCCAGGACAAUGUCAAACCUGCUGGAAAGUAAUGUGCUGAACUAAGUGGAAGCAUUUUUCAUCUUUUUUAAGGAUAAAUCAGAAUAGAUAAAAAAAUGACCCUUAUAUCUUUUCAAAUUGGAUUGCAUGAAAAUAUUUCUGAAGAAUUAGCAGACAAUUUUUUAGCGUUUUGACUCCUCAUAGUGACAAGGUGCUGUCUCCAUACGACUACCUUCUUGGGGUCUUCUAUGCCAGAUGAUAAUUUGUGUGAGGAAAAGACCAAUGGUACUGUACAUGUAUUCAUUCUUCACUGAUAAUGAUACCUCUGUCUGAAACUUGCAUCUAGAAAAUAUAUUAGCCUAAAAUAAAAAAAUAAUGCCAGUAAACUGUCAAAUGGGUUUCGAAAAUAUUUGUUUACCUUUUUGACUCUUUAUCUCGGUCACACGCACACAUACAGCAAAUGUAACCCAUGUGCACUGGAAAGGUUAAAUGCAGUGGUGUAGUCAAGGGUAGGGGGAGAUCGGGGAUGGUUUUAACACUUCCAAUCUCUCCAAUCAGGAACUAGUUACAAAUCACCUGAUUCACUUCACACAUGCUUAGUUUAGUCCUUAUUCCACAUGUGAGAAAGUAGAGCUCUGUGGCCAACACAGCAGAUGCUAGAGGGGAAAAACUUACUUUGGUAAGAAAGUACGUUUUUUUUUUUUCUUAACUUCGUUUAAUGAUGGCAAUGCCUGAUUUGUAGUUAAACUAAUUAAAGUUAAAUCAUGUUA